UAUUAUAUAUUAUAGUUCUCUAUUUUGCGAUCGAUGUCGUACUCGUUUAAUUCAUAAGAACUUUCCUCGUAGCUUGCAAAAUACCUAAGGAACUCUAAUAUCACUUCGAUGGAGGAAUUAAAAAUCCUGAGCGUGACACCUACCGCUGAAGUUACGUUUCAUUUUUUCGGAAAUUCUGACGAUGGAGAUAAAAUUCGUGAAUCUCUCAAUCGACUCGUGCAACGUCGACGUCUUAGCGAGAUUGCACUAGAAUCGACGCAUUUUACCUUCCAACAAAAGCCUGCACUUAGACUACAAAGUCUACGAAUUAAUCAAAUAAAUGAUAACGAGGUUCAUUUGGGAGAGCAUAUCGUCUUGUCGUGUGCGGCUCAAGGAAGCUACAGUAUAAAUUUUAUUUGGUACAAAGAUGGCAUGCUGGUGAACACGAGUAAAGCUACCAGAGAAAUUUGGAUUAGCAAUUUCCCGAACGAUGGAUCAGACAUAUACACAUCGAUAUUGACAAUCGAGAAGGCGACGCUGCUUGAUGCCGGUCAAUACAUAUGCCAGGUGGUGGAUUGGGGUGUGCAGCAGUGCAAAGGGAUCUACAUCGAGAUCAGAGAUGAACCGGAUGUGAAGGUAGUACCGAUGAGCGCUUCUAUAGAAAAGGGCAGCAACAUACAAUUGACAUGUAUGAUUCCGAAUAUGCGUAACAUCGGCAUUGGUUUCGGUUGGACGAAAAAUCGCGCCUUGCUUAAACUGGAACCUGGUCGAGCAGUUUGGGAAGACCUUUAUCCGGCGGGUAGCAUGUUAAAGAUCACCAAUGCUCAGAAAUCCGCGAUCUACACCUGCAAUGUAGCGCAUAAAUCUAUGUCCGUCCGAGUUGAAGUGAUGAAUCGAACGUUGAUACCGAUAUGCGUCAACGGAAUAUCCUGGGAUUUGCAAUGGCCGGAUACUGCUCCAGGAUCGGAGGCACUGCUGGAGUGUCCGCGAUAUUUCGUGGGCCGACGAGUGUCCAGGCUCUGCUCGAUGAAGGAUGCUACCACGCCCGAAUGGCAGAUACCGGAUUUUUCAUCCUGCUUAUACGAGCCAUUGCUUUUACCGUACAAUAAUUUUCGAAGCCUGACAUUGGGUUAUCAAAAUUCCACAAGCUCGGAUACGAUCUUGGCCUUUUGGGAGAUCUUAAACAAGCGUACAUUGUCGCUGUAUCCUGGCGAAGGCGAUCGUAUAAUGAGCAUGUUGGCGGAAAUCGAACGGUAUCAACACAGCAUUGAUCCACUGGAUGCCUAUGCUUCCGCAGAGCCUUUGACUCACAUAAUGAAUCGAAUACUGAGCGAUGAAUAUUCGAUAUUGAGUCAAGAGAAACUAUCGAUAUUACUUCAACUCACGCAGCGCAAUUUAAUCCACUGGUCUACACAAUUGAAACAUGUGUGUGAGCAUCUGCCUUUAUCAUCCAUGGUUGUGGAUAUUCAGCAAUUGCAAUCGCACAGCGGAGAUAGUAUUACACAUUCUCUUCAGACACCAUUGACCGAUUAUGUAUAUCCAGAUUGGUACGAGGACAAAGUAGCAGUACGAUUGUGGAAGAAAAAAGAGCGCAAUGUAAAGUCUAAUAGCACGUUUGCCGGAAUCGUUAUAGUGUACAAAAACAUGUCGCGUUUUUUACCAACAGCUUACGUUAAGGAGCUCGACGAUGGCACGGAUUUGGAGUUUCGCAUCAAUUCUCGAGUGAUCACUGUCGCGGUGCCCUCCUUUGGCACCGAUAAGUACAAUAAGAUAUGGGUUGAUCUGCAAAUCCGACAUUUACAAAAUCAGACGAGCUCUUGGAAUAUUUCCUGCGGCCUAAUGGGUAACACUGGAUCGUGGGAUCUCAAUAGCUGUAUAGCGAAUACAGUGUCCGGCGACGUGACAACGCAUUGUCUGUGCCCUACUGCAGGCACCGUCGCUGUUUUCUUGACGACUCGUGCAGUAAAAGUAGUACUAGCGAAAACAGAGCAAACUACAUUCAUUAUAAUAUUCGGAUGCGGCAGUUGUCUUGUUCAGUGCUUGCUAUCCGUUCUCAUACUAGGCACCUUUUGGUGGAAGCACAGAAGCUGGCUGAACUUUUUAAAACUCCAAUGCUGCGGUGCAUUAAUCGGCGCAAUGGCUAUUUUUAUUUAUGCCGUUUAUAAUAAUCUCCCAGAGUCAUCUUAUUCGCUCGUAGCGAUCGGAUUAGAAGCGUUUCUUCUCGUGGGCAUGUCCGCACCCAUCUCCGAGGCUCUAAUAAUAUACGCCGAGCUCACGCAAAUCCGACCGAGUCAGCAUCUUCAGCCGACAGUCAUCGCCGUGAUAACCGGUGUCCCGAUUUUGGCUGUAUUCGCGACCGAAUUAACGCACAAGAGUAUCGGAUGGCGACACGAAUCCUGGUGGCUCAUAUAUGGCAGCGGCGUCUAUAACAUAUUUGUUAGUUGCGCCACGAUGAUGACUUUAAUAUUCGUGCUUUUGUAUAUGGGCGUGCUCCACAAGGUUCACACAUUAGUGGAGGACAACAUUAUGAAAAGAGAAGCUAUAGAAAUGAGAAUACGAAUACUGCACCGCGCGGCACUCGUUAUAUGCGGCAUUGUCGCCAUGGAGGCAUCCUCUAUUUUCUACAUAAAUUCAUCAUCCAUAAUUUUCCACUAUGUAUUCGCAUCUUUAUCUUUCGCCUUGGGCUUUGAUAUAAUAAUCGUAUACAUCGUUAACGGCGAGGUUGCAAUUAUCGGACCAAUGUUACGAAGAAUCAGGUGGAAACACAGUGCAGACGAGGAACACACGUCAGAACCAAUUAAAGUUUGCUCGAAAGGUGAUGCAGAGGUGGAGAACGAUUCGGCGACUCCCCCGGCGUCGUCGUCGAUCGCCGGCGAGCCGUACCGAGAGGUGCGAGGUGUCGCCGCGGGUAGCAUAGACAUGCGCGAUUUUGUGUCCGAGUCAUCCACCUAUGUCAAGUCUUCCGUCCCCGCGACUAGCAGAUUCCUACCGGAGAUCCGAAUCGAUCAUUCGGACGAUAUUAAUCUCGAGAAUUACAGCACGAGUCCGCGCAAGUAUCAGGAACAGCCGUUGUUUGUCGACCCGACAUUUUCCGGACGCGGCUCCCGCAAUGACGCGGUGACCUACAGCGUCAAUGACUGCUGCAGCUUUCGCAGUGACGCGACCAAGUAUCGCAGCGACGGUAAGAUCUUCGCGCCGGCCGCGAGCGUGUCCGCCGAGUCUUCGGCCAAGGUUCUCUGCAGCGCCGACGUGGAAUCGCGUCUGGGCGCCAUGCCGGACGUCACGUUGGCCGUGAAGAGCGACGUCGAGCUGUCGUCGCGGGCGAACACGGAGCUGAAGAGCCGGGAGCAUGUAGUGAUGCCGGACAUCGCCAACACGAGCGAGCGCAAGCAGCCCGACGGCGAGGAGAAGACGCCGGAGAUCGUCGUGACUGGUGGUUGCGACAGCGCGACCAGCGGUAUGCUGGACCGCAUCUCUCACGAUCUUGAUUACCUGCUCAAUCGCACGCACGCGAAAGACGGGGCUUAAGAUCCGCUGAUACUGUGAGAGAACGUACGAUAGGUGAAGAAGUGUAGGUUGUUAAAUUUGUACAAAACACAUUUCAUCACAUCAAAUUUUGCCACAUGGAUAAGUAAAUCACAAUUGUCACAUGUAAAGUAGUGGAUUCAUUUAGAAUAAUAUUCGUUGAUAUUACGUUUCGUGCUGUGUAGCACAAGGGACUCGAUGCCCAUAACGUAUAAUGUGAUACAAUCAUACUUGAAAGCUGGAAAUCAAGAUUUAAAAUAGAUGUAAUAUCUUCUCAUUUCUCACACUUUCGCCAUAUGCGCACACAUAAUCGCCAGACUGAUCGUAAUGCGAUUGCUGAUAUCUAAUCAGCAAUAAUGAUAUUGAAAAAAAAAAUGCGAAAAAUUAUUUACUUUAAGUAUCUCAAAUUUUUCACAUUCCAUUGUAGAACAUUUAUACUUACGUCCGUUGUAUGUCGUAAAAAAAGACUUAUCGUCCCUCCAAUAAACGAGUAUAAUGAUGAAAAGUAAAGUGUACUACAUAAGACUUCGAUUUAUGUACGAUAGAAAGUUUUUCGAAAGGCAAGGUGAUCCAAAUGAUGAUAUUUUCGAGUUAAAGUAUUUAUUUAUCACUGUCAUCGUACAGCCCUUUCAUAAUAUCCACGAGUCAGUCGUCGCGCUUUUCGUCGUUUAUAAUUUGUAUUAUAAAGCUAUACACAUUCAAUUUAGUUUGAUAAUCUACUUACAUACUUAAGAUCGAAGUUUAUGUUGUUGUAGGUAGUAGUUACCUCUAGUAGGGUUAGUCGUUUACUUAAUGAGAAAUGCUUCACUGAAAUUGAUUCGACCGAGGUAUGAAAUUGGAGCGGUAUUUCUUGGCCAAGCACGUGUUAUAAAUGCAAAAGACGUAAUAAGAUCUGUGUUAGUCUGUUAGCACUCGAAUAUACCUAUAUGACUAGUUUUCUGUGUCAACAGAUUUUUCUUAAAAAUAUAAAGUAUUUACAAGGA